AUGACUACUCACAAGCCGGGGACCGAAUACGACGUUAUAAUUGCUGGCGCAAACAAGUCAGAGGCUCUCAAUGGACGCUCGCCCCUUGUGCCCUCGGGAGGCAUGCUGGGAGGAGGCUCGUCCGUCAAUUUCACCAUGUACACUCGAGCUGCGGGCGCCGACUUUGACUCUUGGAAGACUGAAGGCUGGGAUGCGGAGAGCCUGAUACCCUUUGCUAGAAAGCUAGAGACAUAUCACCUUGAUCAUCCCGACGUGGACAAGUCCGUACAUGGUCACGAUGGGCCAGUUAACGUGUCAUUCGGUUCUUACAGCGCCAAAGACUGUCAGGACGAUUUCAUGGCAGGCGCUGCGGCUACUGGCCUCCCUGAAAUUACCGAUUUGCAAGAUUUUACGUCUGUUGAUGGGAUAUCUCGAUAUCUUCGUUAUGUUUCGCCAGACGGUCAACGGCAAGAUACGGCCCAUCGCUAUGUCCACCCUCUCAUCGCUUCUGGAGAUUACCCCAAUCUUCAUCUUCUGCUCGAGAGCAAAGUCACUCGUGUCAUUUUUGAGGGAAACCGAGCUGUGGGCGUGGAAUGGGUGCCCAACCCAGACUACCAGCCCUUGACUAAUCUGACGCGAAGUGAGCCAUCGAUUAUCAGAGCAAGAAAGCUGGUGGUGGUGUCUUCAGGAGCUCUCGGCACGCCAAGUGUGCUUGAGAGGUCGGGAGUUGGCAACGCUGAGCUUCUCAAGAAGCUCGACAUUCCUGUCGUCGCCAAUGUACCAGGCGUUGGCGAGGAAUACCAAGAUCAUAACCUCAUAUUUUACACUUACAAGACCUCGCUGAAGCCUGAUGAAACACUUGACGAUUUGCAUAGAGGCCGAUUGGAUUUUGAAGAGGCUCUCAAAGCGAAGAACCCCAUUCUGGGCUGGAAUGGCGUUGACAUCGCAGCCAAGUUUCGCCCAACGGAGGAAGAGGUGGCGCAGCUAGGUGAAGAAUUCCAAGAGCAUUGGAAUCGCGACUUCAAAGAGCAGAAAACAAGGCCGUUGAUGCUCUUGGCAAUCGUCAGCUCGUACCUGGGUGACUACAAGACUUUACCAGAAGAACAAGAAGAUGGCCCUCAUCAGUACAUCUCCAUUGGUAUGUACACGGCAUAUCCGUACGCUCGAGGCGACAUCCACAUCACUUCCAAAGAUCCCGACGCGGCGCCUUCUUUCAACACUGGUUUCUUCAACAAUAACGUGGACGUGACGAAGCAAAUUUGGGCGUACAAGAAGCAGAGAGAAAUCUUUCGCCGUGUAAACUCGGUUACUGGCGAAGUUGCCUCAGGACACCCGAGCUUCCCCGAAGGUAGCAAAGCCGGUCUUCGAAAGAGUCGCGAAGUUGCAGAGGGCUUCAAUUCUCUUGAGGAGAGAAAGAAGUUGCCUCCUAUUGAGUACACCAAGGAGGACGAUAAAGCUAUCGAGGAUUAUCUCCGAUCUAACAUUGAAACGACUUGGCAUUCUAUCGGAACUUGCAAAAUGGCUCCAAAGGAGAAAGGUGGCGUUGUGGACAAGAAUCUCAAUGUUUACGGCACAGAAGGACUAAAGAUUUGUGAUAUCUCAAUUGCGCCCGAGAAUGUGGCCGCCAAUACAAACAACACAGCCCUCAUCAUUGGCGAAAAGGGAGCCGACAUAAUAAUCAGAGAGCUUGGACUUGCCAAUUAA